AUGACCUCUUAUGAUUGGGAUGAUAAGAGACUUGAUAGAUCCCAGAAUGCUGAAGAAAUCAAGGAAGCGAUUGGGUCAAUUUUGACUCUGUUAAGUGAUGCCAAGGGAUUACAGAACACGGUUAAAGAGGUGAAUCAAACCCUAAAUCUUCUUCAGUCGAAUCUCACAGUUCCUGAUGGCUGUCUCAAAACAGAUACAGAGAUCUUUGUGUUGGAUGAUGAUUUACCUGCAAAUCUCAACGAGUUUCUCAAAAACACUCAAGAUCAUGAUCAGAUUCUACCGAUUUCUAACAGUUCCAACAAUGAUUUACCUGCAGGAAACUUGACUGAUCAUCAAGAGAUGGAUCUUGUCAACAACAACACUGAAGAGAAGGAUCAGGCUCUGCUGGUUUCUGACAGUUUCGAUAAUGAUUUGCCUGCAGAAUACUUGGAUGACGAAGAGAUGAUGGAUCUUCUUGAAAGGUUGUUACCAGAUGAUGAUUUACCUGCAGGAAGCUUGAAUGAUGAUCAAGAGAUGGAUCUUGUCAACAGCAACAACACUGAAGAGAAGGAUCAGAAUCUGCUGGUUUCUGACAGUUUCAAAUGA